AAUGUGUGGAUUGGUCGCUGAUCCUGCACUGGUAGCGUUCACACUGACAUCUGUAACGUGAGCAUCCCUGAUACACUUAUGAAAAUGAAGCAUCAUGAGGGGCAUGGCGUGGCGUGAUCCAAACCAAGGAGCUGCUCCAGAGGACUAGAGGGAACAAAGCAGUAGUGAAACUUUGGUCUUCGGGGCUUGUGGGUUAUUUAAUAUGUAUUAUUAUUUUAAUGGAACGCGAUGCUGGGUUCGGGCUCGCGUGGACGGCUCGUAAAGCGCGCGCGUGUGUGUGCGUGCGUGCGUGGAGGUUUCCCCCGGUUCCGCUUGAGAUUCACGAGCGCGCUUCGGUUUGACGUGUCACAAUGAGGAUGCUCCGGCGGAGCAGCGCGUGCACGGAAUCGGGAGAAUUACGAGUUGUGAGAGCAGGACAUUUCCACGGCGGAAAGCGGGAUGACAGCUUCAUUAUGCCGGACGCGUCUGUAGGAGGAGCAGCGUUUCUUUGAGGCGCGUGGACACACGCCAGUGAGUAAUGUAACGCGGCGCGUGCCAGGGAAUGUGCGACCGCUGGUGUAGAAGAAGUUGGUCGGUGUGGGUUGAUCAACACGCCCCGGGUUACUUUGUUAUACUGUUGUUCCGAUAACGGCAUUGUUCUUCCACCAGAGAUUGAAGCUCAGAAUGCACGCUGCACUGGCUCACUGACUUUCUCAGUUUCUUCAUUUAUUUUGACAUUUUUUUUGUUAAACAGGGGGAAAUUGGACUCGGACAUGUUUUUGACUUAUAUGGGAGACGCAACGGGUCUUGACACAUUUCCAUUUGGCCUAUGUAAUCCAGAGUGACAGAUUCUCUCAGAAACACACAUAGAGUGUUCAGACCUGCUGCAGUGGCGUUCAUGGAGGUCCGUUGGCUCUUGCUGCAGCUCAGAACCAGCCUGCUGCUCCUGAGCAUAAUGGUAGAGUCUGCAUCCAGCCAAGGCAUGUACACCAAUUCCUGGGCCGUUCAUCCAUGGGGAAAGGAAGAGGCCCAGCGCGUCGCCCACAAGCACAACUUCAUCAACCAUGGCAAUGUGUUUGGGGAUUAUUAUCACUUUGAGCACAGGGGUGUUGUGAAGAGGUCUCUGUCUGGCCACCACGGAGUUCAUGCCCGUUUGCUCAGCGAACCGCAGGUGGUUUGGGCAGAACAGCAGGUUGCCCAGCAGAGGAGGAAAAGGGAUAUUUACAGUGAGCCUACAGACCCAAAGUUCACCCAGCAGUGGUACCUAUACAACCCCAGCCGGCGAGACCUGCAGGUAAAAGAAGCCUGGGCUCAAGGCUUUACAGGGAGGGGAGUCGUCAUUACCAUCCUUGACGAUGGCAUUGAGAAAGAUCACCCAGACCUGGUGCUGAAUUAUGAUCCAGAUGCGAGUUAUGAUGUAAAUGAUAGAGAUUCUGACCCACAGCCCAGAUACACACAACUGAAUGACAACAGACAUGGAACUCGCUGUGCUGGAGAGGUGGCUGCGGCAGCUAACAAUGGUGUAUGUGGAGUGGGUGUAGCCUACAAUGCCAAAAUUGGAGGUGUGCGUAUGUUGGAUGGCGAGGUGACAGAUGUGGUGGAGGCUCAGUCUCUAAGCAUCAACAACCAGCACAUCCAUAUUUACAGUGCCAGCUGGGGCCCAGAGGAUGAUGGGAAGACUGUGGAUGGCCCUGCCAAGCUUGCCAAGGAGGCAUUUCUGCAAGGGGUCACUGAGGGGAGAGGUGGCCUGGGCUCUAUUUUUGUGUGGGCAUCAGGGAAUGGUGGUCGAGAAAAGGACAGCUGUAACUGUGAUGGCUACACCAACAGCAUCUACACACUUUCCAUUAGCAGCACGACUCAGUAUGGCAAUGUGCCGUGGUACAGCGAGGCCUGCUCCUCCACACUCGCUACCACCUACAGCAGUGGUAACCUCAAUGAGAAACAGAUUGUGACAACCGAUCUGAGGAAGAAGUGCACAGACUCACAUACUGGCACGUCUGCAUCGGCCCCUCUGGCUGCAGGCAUUAUUGCUCUCGCCCUGGAAGCUAAUAUGAAUUUGACCUGGAGGGACAUGCAACACCUGGUGAUCAGAGCAGCACAUCCCGCCCACCUCAUCACAAAUGAUUGGAGGACCAAUGGCGUGGGCCGCUUAGUGAGUCAUUCAUAUGGAUAUGGUCUGCUGGAUGCAAGUGCCAUGGUGGCAUUGGCCCAGAACUGGACCAGUGUGGGGCCGCAGCACAAGUGUGUUAUUGACAUGCUCUCUGAACCCAGGGAUGUGAAGAACCAUCUGGUGUUCAGUAAGAGUGUGGAUGCUUGUUUAGGACAGCCUGAUUUGGUGAGCUCACUGGAGCAUGUGCAGGCCAGACUCACACUAUCCUAUACACACAGAGGGAACCUGGCCAUUCACCUAUUCAGUCCCCUGGGGACCCGCUCCACACUGCUGGCUCCUAGACCCCAGGAUAACUCACCAGAGGGUUUUAGUGACUGGGCUUUCAUGACCACACAUGCAUGGGAUGAGGACCCCCAAGGAGAAUGGACACUGGAAAUCGAGAAUGUGGCUGGGCUUAAUGAUUAUGGUGUUCUUUCACAGUUCACACUAAUCCUAUAUGGAACAGGCCCCAGUGCUGUGGACUUGUCUGCUUCAGAUUUCAGUCGGCCUUCCAACAACAGCUGUAAAACAUUUGAUGCCCAGCAGAUCUGCAUUGAGUGCAGCACUGGGUUGUGGCUUUUUCUACAAGGCUGUGUGAAGUCCUGUCCUCCAGGUUUCACACCCGGCCUGCAGCUCCUCAACCUCUCUCUGGAUAACUGGGUGGAGCAAUCCUCAGUGCAGGCGUGCCUGGUCUGCCACCCUACAUGUCUGACAUGUUCUGGUCCUGGUGAGACAGAGUGCCUGUCCUGCCCACCCCAUAGCCACCUGGUGGGCACAGCGUGUCUGCAUCAAAACCAAGUCCAGCGCAAAUCUCCCAUCAGCCCAGCGCUUCACAGUGAGGGUGUAGAACAGGCAGAAGCUGAGAUGCCCAAAGUUGAGACAUCUUCACACCUCCCUGUACUUGUGGCCGUGCUGAGCUGUGCCUUCAUUCUGGCUACAUUUGCAGCCAUUUUUGUGCUACUGCAGCUGCACUCAGGUGCAGCCAGCACCCCCUUCUGUAGGAGGACCAAACUACAGGUGACGGACUCGAGUGGUAGAGGUGUGCGGGUCGGAUUCAGCUUUGGCUUUGGCUUAGGUCGGGAUUUGACUAACAGCAGGGUGUUGUAUCGAGGGAUUCCCACUGUGUGGGGGGAUGAGGACACUGCAGGUGGGGUGAACUCGGAAUCAGAAAAUGAAGAACUGGACUGCCACAGUGAAAAGACAGCAUUUAUACAGACACAGAGUGAUCUCUAAUGGUCCUAAUGACCCAUGUCCUGCUUUUCACAUGCCUCAGUCUUCCUUUCACAGGGUGAGUGAGCUGAAUCAACCACUACUUCUCUCUCCGUUUCUCCCACCUUGUGCAUUGUAGUCAGGCCGCUAGACAGGAGUUAAGAAACAUGUCUGCUUCACUUCAUGCCUUGCUAUGUUCCAGACUCUUCCAAGAGAGCACACACGGAAGCAGACGGUUGUCUAUGUCUGUUCAGAAGCGAGAUACCGAGCCAGAAUCAUUGUUGCGGUUGGAUUUAAUCUCCGAUGACUCCCAGCAGGAGAACCUGACUCCACACGUCUGGAAGUUCCUUAUAUUUUGAAUUUAUUUGGAAUUCUCUGUGGUGGUUUGAUUGGUGAGAUUUGAAGUGCGAAUUAAGAUCGCUGUGUGUGCGCAAGUAUGAAUGCUAAUGUUUAAUUUAAAGCUGAUAAGGGCUGAAUUUACUCCAGUUGACCUUUUAUUGUCAAGGGUCCAGACUGGAUUUAUGCACAAGCUUUCAUUGGUUAGUGGCCACUGCAUAAAGCCCAUACAUGUAGUAUCAUCAUAAAUGCAUUAUAUGCCAAAACAUGCUGAUUAGUCUCUGUUACUCUCUUUGUGUGCGUUUGUUACGUUCCUAUAUUUGUGAUGGUUAUUGCUUAGAGAUUUUAAGAAAAUGGCAGAAUAUUCCAGAAGAUUGCUUUGAUCCAUUUGAAAACAGUGGAGAUGGAUGUGACAUUUAAGAAUAAUUGACUAUUGAGUCUGACUAAGCCCUUAAGCAAUCCACAAGAAACUCAACCUAAAGGGAGAGGCUGAUGUUGUUGUAUUACUGUCCAUACACUAGCCUGUCUGCUGAAAGCCUUCAGUUUGCCAAAUGGAAGUGUGCUGAUCAUUCCAAUUCAGCAUCCGUGUGACUGUUACAGGUACACUUCAAUUUAUAAUGAGGCUUGUCUACCCAGGCUUAAGAUUGGAUAAUCCUGUGGAAAUUAUUACCAGUGUAAAACCUAUGUAGUUUUAUCCUAAAAUUAUUUAAUUUGGGCUUCAGAACUAAAAAAAUAAUAAUUGCAGUGAAAUAUUGAAACCUAAUUAUCAGAAGCACUGCAUAUACAGCAGGUAAAAUAAGAAUUGAACACAUCAUUUUUUUCAGUAAAUAUAUUUCUUAAGGUGCUAUUGAUGUUACAUUUUUAAUAGAUGUUAAUAACCCAUGCAAUCCACACAUGCAAAGAAAUCAAACCAUAGAUAUUCAUUAAUGAAGUUGUGUAAUAAUGUGAACGGACACAGGAAAAAAGUAUUGAACACGAUUACUGAAAUGUAUUGAAUACUUCGUACAAAGCCUAGUUGCAUGCAUUGCUCAGGUGUGAUUUUGGCCCAUUUUUCCACACAAACAUUCUUCAAAUCUUGAAGGUUCUGUGGGCCUCUUCUAUGAACUCUGAUCUUUAGUUCUUUCCAUAGAUUUUUAAUUGGAUUCACGUCAGGUGAUUGGCUGGGCCAUUCUAGCAGCUCUGUUUUCUUUCUCUGAAACCAAUUGAGAGUUUCUUCAGCUGCGAGUUUGGGAUCAUUGUCUUGCUUAAAUGUCCACACUCGUUUCAUCCUCAUCAUCCUGGUAGAUGGCAGCAGAUUUUUUCUAAAGAAUGUCUCAGUAAAUCUUUCCAUUCAUCCUUCCUUCAAUUAUAUGAAGUUUGCCAGUACCGUAUGCUGAAAAACAGCCCCACACAAUGAUGUUCCCACCAGACUAUAUCUGAUCAUACUAUAUUCUCCCAGUAAUUCACAGGCUUGUACAAAUGUUGUGCAGCGAACUUUAAACAAGCUUCAACAUGCUUUUUCUUCAGAAAUGGAGUCUUGAGUGGUGAGCGUGCACACAGGUCAUGGCGGUCGUGUGCAUUACUUAUUGUUUUCUUUAAAACAAUUGUACCUGCUAAUUUCAGGUCUUUCUAAAGUCUUCUGAUAAUUCUUUUCACUCUUCUGUCAGAAAUCUUGCGAGGAGCACCUGGUCAUGGCCGGUUUAUAGCGAAAUGAUGUUCUUUUCAUUUCUGGAUUAUGGCCCCAACAGUGCUCACUAGAACAUUUCAAAAGUUCCCAUUAGUAUGUUUUGCAACAAUAAGGUUGUGAAGGUUUUGAGAGUGCGCUUUUACUAAUCAUAAAAUCUUCUUGUGUGACACCUUGGUAUUAGGACACCUUUAUACAGGCCAUCAGUUGGGACUGAACCAGCUGAUAUUAAUUAGCACUGACGAGGGGCAGGAUUGCUUUUUAUUACUGAUUGCUUUUUAAUUACUGAUUGAUUUCAUCUGGUGUCUUGGUUUUUCAUGCCUUUUUUCACCUCCCUUUCUUCGUGUGUUCAAUACUUUUCUCCUGGGUCAUUUCACAUUAUUACACAUAACUUCAAUUAUGGACAUCUAUGGUUUGAUUUCUUUGCAUGUGUGGAUUGCAUGGUUUAUUACCAACAUCUGGUACAAAUGUAACAUCAAUAGCACCUUAAGAAAUAUAUUUACUAAAAAAAAAAGGUGUUCAAUACUUAUUUUACCCACUGUAUAUGCAGUGAAACACCAUGCGAAUGCAGAGGCAUUGCUCAGUUUUCACAUGAUUUGACAAAUAUUUUUACAUACUUCCACUGACUGAGAAGUUUCAGCUUUGAUUAAUUUAAUGUAUCCAGUGGUUGUUUUAAUAUAGUUACAAUGUUAACCUCCUUAAAGUGAAUAAAUUCACCUUGUAGAUGAAAGCUGGCCAGUUCCAGUCCUGUGGUCCAGCACAGUUACCUGCUCAUAGGCACCUCAUUUAUAUGCAGCAGUUAAUUGCUCUGUUUAUUAGAAAUGUGAGAGCAGGGAGACCAAAGACUGUGCUGGAUUCCAGAUAGUGCUACAGCACUGCAAGUCUAGAGCAGCAUUUUACAACCCAAUCCCUGGCAGUUUAGUUCUGAUUAACUAGAAUCAACUCCUGGGAUAACUGUUGCACUGGGCAUUAUUUGGGGUAAGUAGGUUAGUUAACAUCAACACAGUGCAGGCCAAAGGGCCCCAAAACUGGAUUUAAGAAACUUUGAUCUAGAUCAAUCAGAAGCAAGAGGCUUGUUCUGGAUAAAUUGGCUUGGAACAGCUGGGAGUUGAAAUAACCUUGUAUAAUGAGUUUUCCCUUUUCUCAUGUGGUGGGCAGAGUAAUUUUCUUUGCCCAAAGGAAGAUUUAUUGAUUCUGAGAUUUGAUGCACUAAAAGCCGUCAGAAGCAGUGUGGUAAGAGGCUCAAGAGAGUGUUUGGCAUUUGUUUCGAAGAAGAUCAAUGUAAGCUUAGUGAUUGGCUCUCUCUGUGUCACAAGCUUUGAAUUUCGUUAUAGCGUAGUAGCAGUAAACACUGCGAACCCCCAACGUAGAAAUGCCGCUCAUGUACAGCACUAAUGAUUCCUCCGUUCCAGAAAUAAUAGGUUUGACAAGCAAAAGGCUUCAUCCUUAAAUCAUCUGUUUAUAAUUGAAAAGAUGUUGUUAUCUUAUUAAAUCAACUUUAAUGACAUUCA